AUGUCUGCCGAAGACCAGUCUCUCCUCGAGCGUGUCGAGAUCCCCUCCAUCCCCAAGGAGGCUGCUCAGAAGAUCUCCCACCUGCAGGAGCAGUUUAUUCGCGCUGAAGUCGAGCAGCUCCGCAAGUCGGUUCCUCUCUUGAACCCCCUCUUCGAGAAGCGCAAUGAGAUCAUCUCCUCUCCCGAGAUCCAGAACGACUUCUGGAUCCGCGUGUUUGCCAGUGCCCCUGCUGAGAUUGACGAGUACAUUCUGCCCACCGAUGCUGCUGUUAUCGGCUCCAGCCUCAAGAACAUGAAGGUUGAGCGCUUCGAGGUUGAUGCUCAGGGCAACGGCGAGCCCCGCAGCUUGCGCUUCACCUUUGACUUCCACACUAGCGAGGAGGAGAACCCCUUCUUCACCAACUCUCAGCUCGUUAAGGAGUUCUACUGGCGCAAGCAGAGCAUCAAGACCUCCAGCGGCAAGGUCCGCACCUGGGAGGGUCUUGUUUCUGAGCCCGUCCGCAUCAACUGGAAGAAGGAUAUGGAUCUCACCAAAGGUCUGCUCAAUGCCGCCUGUGACCUCGCUGAGGCCGAGAAGAAGAAGAAGGGUGGCGAUCGCACCAAGCUCCCUGAGUACGAGGCUCUCGUCAAGAAGCUCGAGAUUGCUGAGGCUGAGGCCAUGAACGAUGACGAGGAUGACGAGGACGAUGAGGAGGGCAUUGAGAGCCCUGCCGGCACCAGCUUCUUCGCCUUCUUCGGUUACCGUGGCCGUGAUGUCUCUGCUGAGCAGAACAAGGAGGCUUGCAAGCUCGACGACGAGCGCUAUGCCAAGAUCCUCAAGGGCGAGCAGGUUGAUGACGAGGAUGAGGAUGAUGAGGAUGAUGAGCUCAUUGACGACCUCGAGGACGCCGAGAUCUUCCCCGAUGGCGAGGAGCUUGCCAUCGCCAUUGCCGAGGACCUCUGGACUGAUGCCAUGAAGUAUUACGUGGAAUCGUAUGAGAUGGGCGACGACCUCGAUGACCUCGACGUCAGCGAGAUUGACGCCGACGAGAUGGAUGAGGAUGAUGACAACGAGGGCGAUGAGGCUUCGCGCCCGCGCAAGAAGGCCCGCAACUAA